UCCUCUGGUGGGUGCUGCGAAAAGCGGCGCCAGCCUCAGCCCCGCCAGUUGCUCGGGAGCAGAGAGGGCGAGGAGGCACAGAUGCAUAGGGAGGCGACGCUUACGUCACUGGCUGCCGGAUGGGAGCGCGUCUGUGCGCUUGGAUACGGAGAGAUGGCGGACUGCUGCUUAUGAAUAAGCAAAAAAGAAAACGGAAAAGAGACACCGUCGUACCGGGACAGCAGCCAUGGCCAAAAAACAAAACUGAUAUGCUGAGAUGCUAUCGGGAGCUGAGAAACGCUCCUUUGAAAAGUAACGUGGUUUCCUUUAUUUUUAUACUCUUGUGUGGAUGUGAAAUAAAGUAAAGGUAGGAUGCACUUUUGUUAGCAACAAAGGGAAGGUGACGCUAGAAGGAAACGUACAGCGUUUGUAUUGCGCUCGGCUUGCCUCAAAGUCCAGGCUAUGGCUGCGGAGGGACUGCCUGACAAUGUGGAUCAGUACAAAACAGAGAUCGAACGACUGGUCCGGGAGCUUGCGGAAACGAAUCAGGAGAAAAUCAGGGCUGCGGAGUGCGGGCUGGUGGUGCUGGAUGAGAACCAGACACUGAAGCAGCAAUUCCGGGACCUGGAGGCAGAAUGUGACACAUUGAAACAGGAGUUGGAGCAACUGAAAGAGGCAUUUGGUCAAGCCUACUCCAUCCAGAGGAAAGUUGCAGAAGAUGGUGAAACACAAGAAGAAACAUUACUGCAGGAGUCAGCCUCAAAGGAAGCAUACUACAUGGGCAAAAUCUUGGACCUUCAAACAGAUCUGAAACAGAACAACAUCAUUUUGUCUAAUGUUCAGGCAGAGAAUGAGCGACUUAAUGCAUUGCUUCAGGAUCUGCGAGAGAACAACGAAAUGCUGGAGUUACAGAGAAAUAGGUUGAAGGAUGAAAUCAGAGAGUAUAAGUUUCGGGAAGCAAGACUACUUCAGGACUAUACAGAACUGGAGGAGGAAAACAUCACAUUGCAAAAACUGGUAUCCACACUAAAACAAAAUCAGGUAGAGUAUGAAGGACUGAAGCAUGAGAUCAAGUGCCUAGAGGAGGAAACAGUACUACUUAAUAGCCAACUGGAAGAUGCCAUUCGACUAAAAGAAAUUUCUGAGAGCCAAUUAGAGGAGGCCCUGGACACCCUUAAGAAUGAGCGUGAGCAAAAGAACAACUUACGGAAAGAACUGUCACAAUAUAUCAAUAUGAAUGACAGUAUGUACAAUAACCAUCUAAAUAUAUCAGUAGAUGGAUUAAAAUUUAAUGAAGAGGCCAACAGUGUAUCCAGCAAUGAAGAUAAAUGUAAUGGUCAUGUUCAUGCACCCCUUGUUAAGCUCAAUGGAGACUAUCGUGCUUCCACAUCCAGGAAAGGAGAAGCACUGCAUCCAGUGUCUGAUCUUUUCAGCGAACUGAAUCUUUCAGAAAUACAAAAGCUCAAACAACAGCUAUUACAGGUGGAACGAGAAAAGGCAAUUCUCCUCUCAAACCUUCAAGAAUCCCAGAUACAACUGGAGCAUACAAAAGGAGCACUAACAGAGCAGCAUGAGCAUGUACACCGUCUCACAGAACAUGUCAACAGCAUGAAGGAUUUACAGACUGGCAAAGAUCCAAAGAUGGACCUGGACAUGGAAAAAUCUGCUUGUGACCCUGCUGACGAUAGUCAUGAGUAUGAAGUGGACAUUAAUGGGCUAGAGAUUUUAGAAUGCAAGUACAAAGUGGCGGUCACUGAGGUGAUUGACCUCAAGGCUGAACUAAAGGCCUUAAAAGAAAAGUAUAAUGAGUGUUUGGAAAGCUAUACUGAUGAAAAGACUAAAUUAGAAGCUAAAAUUCAUGUUUUGGAUGAACAGGUGAGCCGUAUGGAAAAGUCUAGCAAAGAAAAUACUGAACGGAUGGCCUUCUUAGAAAAUGAACUGCAAACAGUAACUGGUUUGGCUAAUGAGAACCAUAACACUCUGAACACUGCCCAGGAUGAGCUUGUCACCUUCAGUGAGGAACUUGCUCAGCUAUAUCACCAUGUCUGUCUUUGCAACAAUGAAACACCAAACAGGGUCAUGUUGGAUUAUUAUAGGCAGAGUAAAGUAACUCGUAGUGGGAGUCUAAAAGGUCCUGAUGACCCUAGGGGGCUCCUUUCACCACGGCUUGCUCGUAGAGCUAUGGUGGCACCAUCAGAAUCCAGAUUUUAUUCAGAACAGGCUGCAAAGGACUGCAGUGAGACUAACAAAGACCAGAGCCAAAGUCCAACUCGAACACCCAUUGUAUCCCCUGUAAUAACUGCUCCACCUUCUUCUCCAAUUAAUGAAUCCAGUGACCACCGCAAAGAACCCAUGAACAUUUAUAAUCUUAAUGCCAUUAUCAGGGACCAAAUCAGGCAUCUGCAAAAGGCUGUUGACCGAUCACUUCAGCUUUCACGUCAACGUGCAGCAGCAAGGGAGUUGGCCCCUAUGGUUGACAAAGAUAAGGAAGCAUUGAUGGAGGAAAUUCUUAAAUGCAAAUCUUUACUUAGCACAAAACGGGAGCAAAUUGCCACACUACGAUUGGUCUUGAAAGCUAACAAGCAGACAGCAGAGGUGGCUUUGGCCAACCUUAAAAGUAAAUAUGAAAAUGAAAAGUCAAUGGUAACAGAGACUAUGAUGAAAUUACGCAAUGAACUGAAAGCCCUUAAGGAAGAUGCUGCCACUUUCUCAUCACUAAGGGCAAUGUUUGCCACCAGGUGUGAUGAAUAUGUGACCCAGCUGGAUGAGAUGCAAAGGCAACUAGCAGCAGCGGAGGAUGAAAAGAAGACUCUCAAUUCUUUACUCCGGAUGGCAAUUCAGCAGAAAUUAGCAUUAACUCAGAGGUUGGAAGAUUUGGAAUUUGACCAUGAGCAAUCACGUCGCAGCAAAGGCAAGAUGGCGAAGAUCAAGAGCAGCACUCCUAAAGGUUAUGAGAAGCCAGAGUCGAUCCUGGGAGCAUUGAGUUCAAGGCAGGAACCAACAUACAAGUUCACUGCAGGCCACACUUACUCAUAUCAGGCCAUUUUUAAUGACGCCAGUCAACGUAACCCAUACAUCUUUGAGAGGAAAAUUGAAGAAUAUCCCAAUAUGGACACGGAGGAAGUGCAGACGCCACACUGACAGUGACCAGGCCAAGAUCUGAACUCCAGCUUCUCAAGCAACGCUAACCACUGUGUCACUGCUUUUUAAAUUAUUGCUUAUUGUGUUUUAUUUAUACUGUUCAAUACUUAUUGCAAGAGGAGUGCAUGAAUAGGCCUUCUGCCAGCUGGCAAUCCAGAAUAAUGUCAUGGGUCAUAUUGAGUAUCUCAUCUCCCCUUCAUGUUUUCCAUCUAAACUGCACCUACAUGUUCAGCAAUGAGAACCCCAGACACACCUGAAAUACUGCCUGCAAAUCUUGGAUCCCAUGAAGGAUGUUGGCUCAUUCGUGGAAAAAGCAGCACAGACUUGUGAUUAUCAGUUUUAUAUUAGGGAGUCCUAUGCCUUGGCUAAUAGCUAAUAAACUAAGAGUGAAUGCAAAUCACAUGACACAGCAACAGCUACAGGUAUGUGAUAAUUAAAAAUAUCACCACAGAUAUAGAAACAGUUAAGCAUUCAAAGAUUAAUGUAAUUCAUUCUUUACCAGAUGCUAAGCUUGUCAUUCUAAAUUAAAAGAGGAGAACUGGGUGAAAAGAUGUCCUCUAAGAUCUACAUGCAGGAAUGGUAAUUCCCCGCUGCACAAAUGAUUUUAACAACCGUCUGGAAGCCAGUACUUCAAUGAAAUUUUGAGGAACCAGUUUUCUUACACUUUGACAAUCCUGACAUUUGUCAUCCUGAGAAGAAAUAAAGGAUAUUGCCUCUUGAGUAAAGACCUAGAAAUAAACAAGACCAAGGGAAUGGUUGACUUCCAAAAUAUAAGAAACUAACCAACCCUGAGCACAUCAUCACUGCUACUACUGCCAUAAACAUCCUGCAUUCCGGAAUGCACUUUACACAAAGGCUUAGCAAAUAUGGUAUCUCACACAUCACCAAGGCAGCCUUACUCAUUCAGUUUUAUAACAUUUUCACUGAUUGUGUUUACCUUCUGCAUUCUUUGCCAGUCCAAAACAUAAAACAAAUCUUUAGAAUAAGUAGCAGAAUGUGUGAUGAGUUCAUUUAACACAUAUCAUAUCUGUCCAAGGCGCUCAACUCUUUGCCCAGUGUGUUUAAUUAUCAGGAGCUUUUCAAAUCCUCUCUGCAGUAACUACACUGGACUUUUCUCUUCUGGACUAAAGUAGUCAACACCCUAAAUCAAUUAUAGGUGAGAAAUGAACUCUUUUAAUUUUAUAAUCAUCAAGGUCCUUGAAAAUU